GUCUUGGAAGGGGGCGUGACCCCUCGUGUUACUACAAUUGCACAGUUCAACGAAAUUCGUGAGCAGAUUUUGCGCAUCUGUCUGCCAGACGCGGGAAGUAGCAGUGAAGGGCUGUUGUUUCAGAAGCGGCAAUGAUUCGUUCUGUAAUACGCAGGUUACCUCAGGUUGUCUGGCUGCGAGCUGCAUUCACCAGGCCCUUUUCUGCAGCUGCCGUCCCAGCUCCAAACACCGAGCCUGAGAUCCAUUUCAACAAGAUCUUCAUAAACAAUGAAUGGCAUGAUGCAGUGAGCAAGAAGACCUUUCCAUCCAUUAAUCCUGCCACUGGGGAAGUGAUAUGCCAAGUUGCAGAAGGAGACAAGGCUGAUGUAGACAAGGCAGUCAUAGCUGCUCAAGAAGCUUUUAAAUUUGGUUCACCAUGGAGACGAAUGAAUGCUUCAGACAGAGGGGUGUUAAUAAACCGUUUAGCCGAUCUCAUUGAAAGAGACAGAGCUUACCUGGCGUCUCUCGAGACCCUGGACAAUGGAAAGCCUUACACCAUGUCUUAUGCUGUGGAUUUGGAGUUGGUUGUAAAAUGCCUCAGAUAUUAUGCAGGAUGGGCUGACAAGACCCAUGGGAAGACCAUUCCAAUAGACGGAGAUUACUUCAGCUAUACUCGCCAUGAACCUGUGGGAGUGUGUGGGCAGGUCAUUCCAUGGAACUUCCCUUUAUUGAUGCAAGCAUGGAAACUUGGACCAGCUUUAGCAACUGGGAAUGUGGUGGUGAUGAAGGUAGCUGAGCAAACUCCACUUACUGCUCUGUAUGUGGCCAGUCUGAUCAAAGAGGCUGGUUUCCCACCAGGUGUAGUAAACAUCAUUCCUGGAUAUGGACCCACUGCGGGGGCUGCAAUAUCAUCACAUAUGGAUGUUGAUAAAGUUGCAUUCACUGGCUCUACUGAGGUUGGUCACAUCAUCCAGAAAGCAUCUGGGACAAGCAACCUGAAGAAAGUGACACUAGAACUAGGAGGAAAAAGUCCAAACAUAAUUUUCUCUGAUGCUGACAUGAGCACCGCAGUGGAACAGGCCCACUUCGCACUCUUUUUUAAUCAGGGACAGUGCUGUUGCGCUGGAAGCCGCACUUUUGUUGAAGAAUCAAUCUAUAAUGAGUUUGUGGAGAGGAGCAUUGAAAGAGCCAAAUCUCGAGUGGUUGGAAAUCCAUUUGAUCCAAACACAGAGCAAGGGCCCCAGAUUGAUGAAGAACAGUUCCAAAAGAUUCUGAACUACAUCAGUAGUGGGAAACGGGAGGGAGCCAAGCUGCUUUGUGGAGGAGGUGUUGCUGCUGACCGAGGUUAUUUUAUUCAGCCAACUGUGUUUGGAGAUGUGCACGAUAACAUGGUCAUUGCUAAAGAGGAGAUUUUUGGACCAGUCAUGCAGAUAAUGAAAUUCAAGACAAUUGAAGAAGUCCUGGAAAGAGCCAAUAACACCAAAUAUGGAUUAGCAGCAGCAGUAUUCACCAGAGAUAUAGACAAGGCCAAUUAUAUGUCUCAGGGCCUACGUGCUGGAACUGUUUGGGUGAAUUGUUACGAUGUGUUUGGAGCACAGUCCCCAUUUGGAGGUUACAAGGCUUCUGGUGUUGGUCGAGAAUUGGGUGAAUACAGCUUAGAAGAAUACACAGAAGUAAAAACUGUCACAAUUAAAGUUCCUCAGAAGAACUCAUAAGAAAAGUCAUUUCCUACAGUUUCUGUUCGUAAUGUGAAUACUAUAAACAUGGUAGUCUACACUUCCAGGAGUCAAGAGAGGGAAAAACAGUUAAACGUACCAUGUUUAACAAUAGCACUUACUUCGAAGCUAUGGAAGAUAUAGAUAAGGCAAAAUGUAGUGGCUUACGUAACUUUCUUAAUGGCACUUGGGACUCUUUUCAGCGACAACAUAUUCUUAGGACUUGCGUAACUUUCCUAAUGGCACUUGGGACUUUCAGCUACAUGUUCUUAGGACUUGUAUAACUCUCCUGCAGUAUUCAUCAGUUAUUGUUUUCCCUCCAGGAAAUCUACAUUUUAAUUUUUCUAACAUUAACAUGUUUAAGUUAAGUAUAAAAACGUUCAAGUAUUUGCUGGAAUCAUUCUAAAUACACACAGAGUUUUUGCUUUUUUGUCAACUCCGCUAUUAAAAGGUUAAAAACUUU